GGGGAGGGCAAGGGGUGCCGCCCCGCGCGGCUCUGGAUCCCAUUCGCGACCCGCGGCAUCCUCCCGCGGAGAGGCGGCUCCAGCCAAGCAGGGCGAUGCAGCUGGGUAGUGGCCGUCUUCUACUAUUCCUGCUGGCGAGCAUCCCUUACAGCUUCCUGCUCGACAGCCUUGAUGACGACGAGCUGCUGCUGGCGACACCCCAGCCCAUGGGAGGCAUCCCAGCCCAGAACGUGCCUGGCUGCCCAGCCAACUGCACCUGCCCAGCAGAAGAGACAGUGGACUGUGGUGGCCUUGACCUGCACAUCUUCCCCAGCAAUAUCUCUGCAGGCAUCCAGCAUCUUUCGCUGCAGAACAACCAGUUGCAGGAGCUGCCCUACAAUGAGGUGUCCCGACUGGCUGGCCUGAAAACCCUCAAUCUACACAACAACCACAUCACCUCUGAAGGUCUCCCAGAUGAAGCCUUUGAGUCCCUGCAAUCACUUCAGUACAUCUACCUGGCCAACAAUAAGCUUUCUGUGGCGCCGCAGCUCCUACCCAGUACUCUGCGGAUCGUGGACCUUGCUGCAAACCACCUGACUCGUGUCUACCCAUUUACCUUUGGGCAUAAACCUGGCCUCAGGUCUGUUUAUAUGCACAAUAACCAGCUGAACAACACAGGUCUGCCCUUUGAUGCCUUCAAUGGCUCUGAUGCCGUGAGCACCCUCAUCCUCUCCAGCAACCUGCUCACUUACGUGCCCCAGAACUUGCCCUGUGCCAUCGUCCGCCUCCACUUACAGAAUAACCGCAUCUCCCGCAUCCCAAAAGGGGCCUUGAGCAGCCAGUGGCGCCUCCGGGAGCUCUACCUGCAGAACAACAACCUGUCCAGUGAUGGCCUUGACCCCUCCACCUUCAGCCGGCUGAAGAGCCUGGAGUACUUAGAUCUUUCCAACAACAACCUGACGCAGGUGCCUGCCGGCCUCCCCCCAAACAUUGCAAUCCUGCACCUGGGCCGGAACCACCUGAGCCACCUGCCCCCCGAGCGCCUGAGCCGCGUGCGGGGCCUCCAGUACCUCCUGCUGCAGAGCAACGCCCUGACAGCAUCGGGAGUCCACCCCGAGGCCUUCGCACGCCUUCGCUCCCUGCACACGCUGCACAUAUACAACAACCGGCUGGAGCAUGUCCCGCCCGGACUUCCGCGGAGGGUCCGUUCCCUCAUGCUGUUGCACAACCAGAUUGCGCACAUUGGGCUGCAGGACUUUGCGGCCACCUACGCCUUGGUCGAGCUCAAUCUCAGCUACAACCAUCUCUACAGCGCCCACAUCCAUCGCCUGGCCUUCCGCAAACUGAGGCGCCUGGAGACCCUGGACAUUUCGGGCAACCAGCUCACGCUCCUGCCAGCGGGGCUCCCCUCCAGCCUCCAGGUCCUCAAUCUUCAGAAAAACCAGCUCAACUCCCUUUCUCCAGAGCGGCUGGUCAACCUCACGAUGCUCAAGGAGCUACACCUGUCCCACAACCGCUUGAGGAUCAACGGCAUCUACCCAGGAACUUGGCAGGAGCUGCAUGGGCUCAAGCUACUGGAUCUGAGCUAUAAUGAGCUGUCCUAUGUUCCACCAGACCUACCAGAAUCACUAGAGUAUCUAUACCUGCAGCAUAACAGGAUUGCUGUCAUUAUGGCUGAGGCCUUCCUCACAGCACCCAACAUCCGUGUCAUCACUCUCAGAUCCAACCGUUUGUUGGCAGCCAACGUGUCGGAAGCUGCAUUUGCAGACCUGAAACUGCUGGAGGUAGUAGACACUACUGGGAAUCCAGAACCUAUCACCAUCUCUCUGCUGCAAGCUGGGCACUGGGUCCGCACCCAGAUGGGUACCUAAGGAGGUUGCCUAGAACAGAUCACCAUCCUACGCUUCUUUUCUACUGCUGUGUGUCCUCAGGCAUCUCUACCAGGAUGGCUCAGCCCACCUGCAGCCUUCUGGAGAGGUUUGCACUGCCCAGUGUUUGCCCUUCCACCCUCAGCCAGUUGCAUGGAGCAGAGCCUCUACAGUAUGCCAUCUGCUUCUCUAAGGUGCAGGGCUCAGCUACAGCUUCUCAGGUUGAGAGAGACAAGAUGAAGAUACAAGAUUUCUCCAAUUCUAGCGACUUAUGGAGCCUGAUCUUCAAUGGACCUGUGUUUAGCCUAGGGCUAAGCAAUGGCACUGGCUAAGCUGGUCUCCAUGGACUGGGACCAAAGAGGCAGUCAAGGCUAGCUAAAGGUAUUUGCGUGCCCCUGCUUGGCUCCCGUUAUUUGGAAACAGAGUUGCUUAGGACAACACAAGCAUCUGCCAGGGCACCUAUGUUCUAUUCCUUCUUCUGCGUUGCUCCUCAAACAGGUGCACCCAAACCAUCCCUGUUGGGUGACAGAGAUGUUACCUAAUCUAGACAACGAAGUUUAUCCCUUAGAGUAAAUGCAAAGUUGUUUCUUGCAUGACACAAGCCCCAGCACCGGUCCAGCUCUUCUUCGCAAGGGAGGAGAUGAAUAGAAUCCAUCACACAGAACCAGCGGGCAGUUUCUGCAUGCCCCACAUGGGCAAAUGUUUGAGUAAAUCUCAAGACAACAUGGGAUGGGGAGGCUCCAUAGUUAAGAAACUGGGUUUUGAGCCCAGAUUCAUCACAAGCCUUUGGUUUCCCCUGUAGAAAGGCCAGGCAACAUCACCCUAGCUAGGAUCAUGAGUCACAGCUGGAACAAGAGGGAAUCCAUGUAGGGAACCGGGUAAGACUUUAUUCAUCCUGAAAGCUAACAUCUACCUGCUUUUCAAGGCCACCCUCCUCUCUCUCUCCUCCACACCAUCUCAUUUCACUUGAAACUAAUGUUAGCUUAGUGGAUUGUGCAAGGGCUUUUUUUUGGGGGGGGCAGUUUGCACCUUACUUGCAGAUUGCUGGGAAGCAAGAGAUGUUUCAGUUUGAAGUGAGAAGAGGGAUGACUUGCAAGAUUCCACAUGAAUGACCGUCUCAUUGCCCAGAUGACCCAAUCAACACAACCCAGAAGAAAAUGAGGUUUCAACAAGGUUUAUUAUUGGUGCAAGAUUCCAGUACGUCUUUUUUACAGAGGUUUUUUAGAACUCCCCCCACCCUAAAAACUUUAUAUAUUUAUGUCACUCCAAGCAUAAAAUAAAAGCCGUAACACAGUCA